AGUGAUGUGGAUAAUCUGCCUAAUUUGCAAAGACUGUUUCUUAGUUUUAACCAAAUUAGCAGUUUUGAAGAUAUUCAAUGUUUGGCGGAAACAGCAUCGUUGUCGGAAUUGUCAUUGGAUGGGAAUCCACUAUCUCAAGAGCAAUAUUACAAACAGACUAUACUGAGAUAUAUGCAUCAACUAAGACAACUAGAUAUGAAAAGGAUAACUGAGGAAGAACGGAGGAUAGCCAAUGUUAUGGCUAGGAAAGAAGAGGAACGUAAAAGGGAGAGUAACAAGAUUGCUUUAAUGAAGGAGAAACGACGUAUUGCUAUAAACAAUGCUGCUCGACAGUGGGAAGUGCAUCAAGGUACAGCCAUGGCUAAGACUACACGGUUACAACCUGGUCCUUUAUUAUCAACCAGUCAUAGUAUCAACACUAGUAGUAUAUCAACGGUAGAUAUGGAAGAUACUAGACCAGAUACUGCAUCAAGUCAUAGAGGUUCACGGUCAGACAGUGUGGUAGAUCUCAUAGACCCUCGAGAUAAAUCUCAAACUCAGAGUAUAUUAUUCUCUGACACAAGAUCAAAAAGUAUGAAACCAGACCUUUUAGCAAAUAUGCCAGAUGACGUGUGCCAUUUAGCAGAAUUAGAAGGUGACACACUUCAUCUUUAUGGUCCUGGUUCUUUAGAAGCUUUAGAUAAAAAUUGGGGAAUCCAAGCUGCUAGCGCUGUCACUGCCGUGUGUUUCAAAUUUAUAGAGUUUCAUGGGAUUGCUAAAAACCUGCACAAAAUUAGAAGUCGAUUUCCUAACGUAACGACUGUAAUGUUUGGUGAAGCUAAUAUUAGCUGUUUACAGCAAAUCAAUGCACUAUCUGUGUUAAGACGACUAGAUAAUUUGACAAUAUCUCUAGAGGGUAAUCCAGUCACACAAUUUACAUUAUGGAAAGCUUACACAUUAUUUAGACUAGCACAUUUCUCACUGCGUAAAAUUAAUGAUGUUGAGGUAACAGCAUCAGACAUUGUACAAGCUGAGAAAUUAUUUGGUGCUCUGUCACACAUUACAACCUCUCAACUGCCACAGUCAAGACUGCUAACACUAUUGGGAGAAUCCAAAAGAAAACAGUAUCAAGCAUUGUCCGAUCUUGAACUGAGAGCUAAGAAACAGUUAACGGCUGAUAUGAAGGCUUCAUCUGAGAGUAUAGGUAGAGCUGGUUUGCAAUACUGCAGUGAAGAAAUUAUAUGUGAAGCUUUACAGGAGAGAAGACAACGACAAUUGUUUUCAAGAAGUUAUGUCAAAGAACUAACAUCAGAGGCAAUUCUAGUGGACCAUAAAUUGUCAGCUUUACAACAAGUCUGGCCAAGACUUUUUAUAGAAAUGGUACACAAUGCUGUACUAGAGAUGUCUAAUAGUAAUGACUAUAUGAGGAAAUGUCUCCAAGACUUGGAGAGUAAUAGCAAGUCACAAAAAGAAAAUUAGCCCUUUGAGGUCCUGCUUUACCAGAUCACCCAAGGACUAUGAAAAGAUUACAGAGGACCACUGUGUUGGACUCAACAAUCUCAUUUAAAUCAUUUGCUUUUUCUGAGCUAUCAUUUUCACAUUAGAACAAGUGAUUGAUAGCCUUAGUAAGCAGCUGACGACGU